AUGGAAACUCCAACAACUCCAAGUUCACAUCGAAAUGAAAACAGUUUCAGGAGGAACACGAGAAAUUUAGCGGUAAGAAUCUGUCAGAUAAUUUUUGAGACUUUGUUCCAACUAAUUUGAAAAACCUUUUUACCUUUAAAAAAAAUAAUUUUCAGACAAAUAUAUCAAACAAACUCACAUCGUUUUUUGGAGUAAGAAAACGUUAUUCGGAGAAUUCUAGUCUUCCAACUGCUACAAAACGUCGUCGUUCAUACGUUGAUGAUGGUGUCAAAGUGAAGUCUCCAGUUUCAGUUGUUUCAUCUCCGGAUGGUCGGAAUAUAUCUCCUCUUCUUAUGAGAGCUCGAGGAUUUCCACUUCGGCCUAUCAGUUUUGAGGAACCAACACCAUUUGGCUCAUUCGAAAACCUUCCAAUCGAUGUUGUCAAUUUUUUUCUCGAUACAUUGAAAUGUAAGAAAUUACAAAACAUACGGCUGAACUAUGAUUUUUUGUAGAUUCUCAUCUUGGCAGUUUGUCAGUCACUUCUAAAGAUUGGAUGAAGAAUAUUCAAUUAUAUGUAAAUAGUUUGGUUUUUGAGAAAAAAUGGGUCAAAGAGAUGCUGGCAUUCGACAAUAAAUCUCCAGAAAAAUAUACCGAAAUGGAUCCAUUUUAUGGAAUGGGUAUGCAAUUUUUAGUUUCGACAUAAAAAAUUUGAACAUUUUCUUUCAGGAGUUUUGGUUAGAAAGCUUACUUCAUCUGAAAAAUCGUUUGAAAAUCGUCUUUCGGUAUUCCAACAGUAUUUAAAAGUAGCUCGAUUGCACACGAAAUCAACGGAAGGAUGUGGACGCAUGAUUCAUGGUUUCAUGAAAGAUCACUCAUCAAUGACACCGCAACAAUAUUCCUUAUUUUUUCAAGUUGUUUUCAAUGUUUUUCAUGGUGUGAAGUGGCAAUUAGAAGUUAUAUUGGAUGUUGUAGAUGAAACAUAUCGGAAACCAGCUGGACCUUUCUUUUCUUUGCCGAAAAUGAUACACGAAAUGAACGUCCGAAAAACUAUCAAAAAUUUGUUUUUGUCAAACAUGGAUACUGAUCCAAAUUCUGAAUCUAAUCGUUGUUUUCUAAGUUUUUUCCUGAAUGAGUUCAAACACAAAGGAAUGUCGAAACUUUCAAAGUUGAUGUAUCUUCUUUUUGCUCCAACCAUUAGAAUCCGUCACCAUGGUCAGUAAUUUUUUAAACCGUGUUCUAACUGUCCUAGCUAUUUUAUAAUUACCUUGUUUCAGAAAUUAUUCAUUGGAGUCGUUUCAGCGAACUUGUUGUAACAACUGAAGAUGAGGCCCAAAGUGUCUUGAAGCCGAUGGCAAAUGCACUUCGCGCUUUAAUGGAAUGUAAGAGAAGUUCUGCUGAGAAACCAUGGAUGAAAAAUUCGAUAUUCAAUUUGAUGGAGGAAAUGACAAGUAAAUUUCGAAUUUCACAGCUUUUCAUAAAACACAACGUUUUUCCAGCAUAUCCAGAACCUUGGUCGAUGAACACAUUUGUGUCACUUCUUUUGAUGCAACCAUGUUUAAUUCCAAUAUCAAUUGUCGCUCGGAUGCAAAAAGAUCACGAACAAGAAGCUGGUGACAUGUUAUGUACAAUGAAAUUGUUACUUCAUCGAUGGGGAAACAAUGUUGAAGAAUAUCUUUCAUUACCUUUCAAAUCGAUUGUGGAAAGCCUUCCAGUAAAUCAACUUCGUCAACUACACGAUUGCAUUUGGAUGUGGCACCAAACAAACAUCAAUGAGCUGAGAGAACGUUAUGGUUAGUUUAUUUUUAAGAAAAGACAACGAGUAAUUAAAUAAUUCAGAUACAUUUUCGGAUAUAUCAGCCGAAUAUCAAAGUCAAAUCGCUCUUUUACCGCUUCUACAGACACUUAUAACAGUGCCACAAUAA